AUGUAUCGAAGGUAUGCCGAUAUUGUCGGGUUUGAUAUUCGACUAUCAACCCAGAAGACAAGGAAGGGUGGUAUAGUCAAACUAAAAUAUGUUGUUCGUCAUAAGCAUGGAAAACCAAAAAAGAGGUUGGUUGACUCUGUUGAAGUGGAUGGACAUCGUAGACAAGUACAAAAUACAAACUUUAAAGUCACAGAUUGUAAAGCAUCUGUUAGGUUUAAAUAUAUAGAGGGGUCUCAAUCAUCAUAUAGAUUAUACUAUUUUUGUCCCAACCAUAACCAUGAUUUGAUUGAUGAUGCUGAUAGAAUUUUAUCACGUAAGAGUAGGCAACUCAGCUAUGAUGACAAAGUUAUGGUUCACUGGUCGGCGAGGUCAAAUAUUGGGCCUGCAAGAUCCCACAAGUUGCAGGUUUGUUUGAAAGGUGGAUAUGAUGAAGUUGGUUCUAGUGUUGUUGAUUAUAAGAAUUUCAAGAGGGGUCUCAAUAACUACAUUGGUGAUGGAGAUGUACAAAUGGUGGUAAACAUGUUGAACGACAGAAGACAAUAUGGGACAAACUUUGCAUUUGAGUAUAAAAUUGACAAUGGUCGUUUGGUAUCAAUGUUUUGGGCUAACGAGCUGACAAGGUCGAACUACGCAGAGUUCAGUGAUGUUAUGUCAUUUGAUGCGACAUAUCGUUUCAACAAGAGAUCAGUUGUUUUUGGGUCAGGAUUGAUCACUGAAGAAACUAUCCAAGCAUAUACCUGGUUGUUGGAGUCAUUCUUGAAGGUUCAUGGUCGUCAACCGACCCUUGUUUUGACUGAUCAAGAUGCUUCCAUUAAGGAAGCAAUCCCUGUUGUGUUUUCUGAUGCUAGACAUCGCCUAUGUAUGUGGCAUAUCAUGAAGAAGCUACCUGCCAAGGUAUUGAAUGUUUUAGCACAUGUGAUUGAAAGUUCUGAUAUCAUUUUGAAUACAAACUUCAAAAAACGGUUAUUGAAAUUAGUAUGGAGUGUACACCUUGAACCUGAUGAAUUUGAGGUUAAAAGGGCGUCUUUGUUGAAUGAGUUUGACCUUAAUACUCACCCAUGGCUUGAGGACGUAUUUGAAAUGCGAACCAAGUUCAUUUUGUCUCAUGAUACUGCGAUAGACAAACAGAGGAAUAGGCAGCGCAAUGAAGAUCAUAAGACGAAUACCACCACACCGACCUUCAAGACAAAUACGUUGAUCGAGUAUCAUGCGGCAAAAGUGUAUACUCGUGCUAUUUUCUUCAAGGUCCAAAAGGAGAUCUUCAAGGGUUAUAGAUGUAGUUCCCAAUGGCAAGUUAAUUCUGAAAUGGGUUUCACAGUUUAUACAAUAAGGGAGAGGAAAAAACAUUGUUCCACUAAGCUUGAGUUUAAGGUUGCUCAAUCGCAUUCAGAUGACUCAAUAUAUUGUGAUUGCCGCCAUUUUGAGUACUACGGAACCUUAUGUCGGCAUGUGUUCACUGCGUUGGAUGAGGGGGUUAUUCCUGUUGACGUGUUGCGUAGUCGACAUAUAUCAAUUGGAAGCGAUAGUCGUGUGGACAAAUUAUCCAAUGACGUGUAUCUUGAGGUUGGUCAAUGUUUAAUGAAUUUUAAAGGUGACGAGGAUAAGAUAACUGCUUUUCUUGACAAUAUCCGUUCGUGGAAGUCAAAUAUGCUAAGCGGUGUAUAUGAGAAACUUGAUUUUACCAACAAAGAUGAUGUGAUUCAGUCGUUGGUAGGUGUUCCUUGA